AUGCCUCCCACAUUCAAGUGCCCCCUAAACGAUGACGAUGUCACUGGUUAUGCGAAAAGUGGAAGGAGAAAUCUUUCGGAAGAUGACUCGGAUGAAGAAGAGGACUUUUUCUGGGGACCGUCUGGACCAAGAUUUGGAACUGUAGAUGAUAAAAUGCAGCAUGUUUGGAACCAGGCGGGUGAAGUUAUUGCUGUCAUGCAAGGAAAUCUUGCAAAGGAAGUUAAAAGAGGGGAGAGCCUAGAUGAACCACAGGACAAAUCAGAAAUCCUAUCGGAUAACGCCACUGCUUUUAGCAACGGAUCCAAACAGCUUCGAAGGCAAAUGUGGUAGCGCCGAUGCAAAAUAAAAGCCAUCGUGGCUCUGGCUGCUGUUUUCCUCUUGCGAGUGAUCAUGAUUCUUACCGUUAUGAUCUGA